AUGCUCUUGCCCUCCAAGAAGGACCUUAAGAUUGCCCUGGAGGUUUUUGCUCUUUUCCAGUGGGUCUUGAGUGCCUUUAUUAUGGGAGUCACCGCAGGCUUUGUCAACCUCUACCUGGUGCUGUUCACGCCCUACUGGCCGGUCACUGUGCUCAUUCUCACCUGGCUGGCUUUCGACUGGAAGACCCCCCCCCCCAGCAAGCUUUUGAAGACUCAUGAUAUCUCCCCCAACCACAACUACAUCCUUGUGUGCCACCCUCAUGGGCUUUUUUCCCACUCAUGCUUUGGCCACUUUGCCACAGACACCUCAGGCUUCUCCAAGAUCUUUCCUGGUAUCACUCCUUAUAUGCUCACACUGGGAGUCUUAUUCUGGGUGCCGCUUCUCAGAGAUUAUGUCAUGUCUUCAGGGGCCUGCUCUGUGAGUCAAGCCUCCAUGGAUUUUGUGCUCACACAUAAAGGCACAGGCAACAUGCUGGUUGUGGUGGUUGGUGGCCUGGCUGAGUGCAGAUACGGCUUGCCAGGCUCUACCACCCUGGUCUUGAAGAAUCGGACUGGCUUUGUACGCAUGGCCCUUCGUCAUGGGCAGCCUGGGGUAGACAGUGGGGCCCUCACACUUAGCCCGGAUCUAGGCCCAGCUAAGUCACGGGCCGAGAAGCCUAGAGGCAGACCCAAGGGCCGCUGGUAG